AUGGCUACCACCAAAGCGCCUCAAGCUAGAUCCCUCGAAACAAAGACCACUCGUAUCUAUAUUGUUCAGCGAGCCCCUCGCUUGCUCGAUCUAGAAUUGGGUAUCCAAACUGCAGUUGAAGAGAUUGCUGCAGCAUCAAAUGCUGGAGCCAACCUCAUUACGAUUCCCGAGACAUGGCUAGGAGAGUAUCCCGCCUGGGUAUUUGGUAUGGCGGGUUGGAAUGAUGCCAACGCACGCGAAUGGUACAGAAAACUCGUCGAGUCCAGUCCGACAACAUCCGGCCCUCACAUUUCGCGGAUCAGAGACGCUGCAAAGGAGCACAAUAUCGAGGUCGUCCUCGGAUUCAACGAACGAUCGAGAGCAAAUAGCGGGACCAUUUACAAUAGCGUGGCGCUGAUAGGAAGCGACGGUGCUCUGCUCGGUAUCCAUCGGAAACUUACGCCCACCCACACGGAGCGCAUCGUCUGGGCAAGUGGCGACGCUCGUGGCUUGCGAGCCCAUGACACCCCGUCGGGAAGAAUUGGGGCGGCAAUUUGCUGGGAGCAUUUCCAUCCGUUGAUCAGGCAAGCGCUUCACGAGGAAGACGAGCAGAUUCACAUCGCUCUGUGGCCCGAUAUGCCUUCGGCGCACCAGCUUGCUUCUCGGCAAUAUGCUUUUGAAGGAAGAUGUUUUGUGGUGGCAGCGGCUACGUACUUGGACGCAGAGGCUGUUCCAAAAGAGCUCCUCGAAGCAUUUGAAAAGGGCGUCGGAGCAAAGGACUUGUUUCCUGGCGGAUCAGGUGUGAUCGGUCCGGACGGCGAAUACCUUGUAGGACCUGUGUCGGGUCCAGAGCCUGUGGUAGUCGAUGUCGAUCUUUCACAAACAAUUGCUUAUAAGCAUGAUCUUGAUGUAGCAGGACACUACAAAAGGCCCGGCAUCUUUCGACUUUCGGUGAAUAGAGAGGAGGCUCGCCUAUAG